CUGCGCAAAACAACGCCCCUGGAAUCAACUGAUCCUUGAUGGAGGACAAAGUACCCGGGACUGGGAUAUUUUAGAGAGAAUAAUGAUGUUUUCGGAGGCAGAGGCGGGUAGGAUUUGCAGCAGUUUGCCAAAUGAGCAAAGCCCAUUAACUUGUAAUAAUGCUGAAGAUGAAAGUAGUCACAUUGAGAUGAUAUUUGUGAGCAAACGGCCCAGUGAUAAUGAUGACCGAGGGAUCGAAUGUAUGGAGAUCUGUAAGGAAAAUGAGCAGCUGGAUGACGAAGUACUGAGGGACCAAGAGGGAACGACAGUUGGAAAGCACUGCAAAAGAUGCCACGUACCAACUUGUCUAAAACCUUGCCUCCCACCUCGUGGACUUUUUGCUUAUUACUUAACAAGAGGACUGAUAUGUUUUAUUGCUUGGGCUACGAUGUGGGCUGUAUUAGGAGACGAGGCCUUGCCAGGACAUAACUUGUUUUCACUCUUUAUCUUGCUAGUUUUUGCAUCUUUAGCUGGAUUUUUCGUUAGUAAAAUACCUUUUGUAACGUUCCCACCUCUUCUUGGCAUGCUAAUUGCAGGAUUUUUGCUCAGAAACGUGCCUGGAAUUUCUGUUGCCAAAAGCAUUAAUAAACAAUGGUCUGCACACUUGAGGAACGUUGCUCUUGUUGUAAUCCUGUUACGAUCUGGACUGGGCCUAGACAUCAAGGCCUUAAAACGAUUGAAAUGUACUGUGUUAAGGUUGGCAUUCUGCCCGUGUUUAGUAGAAGCCCUCACUGUUGGCAUUAUUUCACACUUCCUGCUUGGGAUGCCAUGGCUAUGGGCAUUAAUGCUUGGUUUCAUUUUAGGUGCUGUUUCACCAGCUGUUGUAGUACCUUCAAUGCUAAAUCUUCAGUUGGUUGGUUAUGGUACAAAAGAGGGCAUACCUACCCUGGUUAUGGCUGCAUCCUCUUGUGAUGAUGUCCUAGCAAUUAGCCUUUUCAGUGUCUUCCUUGGUAUAGCAUUUUCACAAGGUAACUUGAUCUUCAACAUUUUCAGAGGGCCAUUAGAGUUAUGCCUUGGAAUGGUAAUGGGCUUGGUUGUGGGUGUUCUUCUUUGGUAUUUACCAAACAAGGCAUCGAGACAUGCAGUGAAAAACAGGUCAGUUUUGCUUGUGGCAUUUGGUCUUCUUUCCCUUUUUGGUAGUAACCGGGCAGAACUCUCAGGGGCUGGAGCACUUGGAGUUCUCACACUGGGGGCAGCAGCUGGUGCUGGGUGGAAGGAAGAAGGAAAGAGACCCAUUGAGAAUGUUCUAGCAAUCCUUUGGACGUUUUUCCAGCCAUUGCUCUUUGGCCUAAUUGGUGCUGAAGUCAGCCUUGAAUACCUAAAUGAGAAACUUGUUGGUCGUGGCCUAGCAACUCUUGCUGUGGGUCUUUUGCUACGAAUUGUGGUAACAUAUGGUGUGGUUUUUGGAAACAAGUUAAGUGUCAAAGAGAAGGUUUUUAUUGCUCUUUCAUGGCUGCCAAAAGCAACUGUCCAGGCCGCCAUUGGGUCUAUCCCGUUGGACACUGCACGGGAGCGAGGAUAUGCAGGUCAGUUUCAAGAAGAGGUCGGCAUACAAAUUGUUACUAUUGCUGUUCUAGUCAUCUUGAUAACAGCCCCCAUAGGAGCUAUAGCAAUCGCCAUUGGUGGGCCCAAAUUGCUAAAGAAAGAGCGAAAAUCUCUGUUAUUGAAUGAAGAAGAUCAUGAUUAUAACACAAAGGGAAAUAUCUUUGGAUUAAAUUGUUUCUCAAAAUAAAGCAAUGAAUAUGAGGAUAUAUGUAAACGACACUGAUUUGUAUCAUCCCGACAGCGGAAAAAAGAAAUUCGUUUACACUAUUUUAAAGCACUCUCUAAUUCAAGGUUUGACUGAUAUUAAUCUGACCGGGGGUACUCCUCGAGAGCUGUUAGAACCAAGGAUCGAGAUACCAGGGGGCCGAACUCAAGUACUUAAUUAUUAAAAACUCAACUAGAAUAAAUAAAAUACUUUUAUUUGGUAAAAUAUAGCUGUUGUUACACUUAUUUAUCAGGGCUGCCCCCUUCCCUAAUUAAAAAGUUGUAUCUUGGUCUUUGGUUGGAAUACCUUUCAUUGACAAAUUGCUAUACUUGGUCAUCGAAAUGUAUUUCCCAACGAACUCAUAUUUUUUUAUAUGAAAUCUGUUAACAUGAAACAUAUUAUUCUCAUCAAGAUGUUAUCGAUGCUCAAUCAAUGCUUUUAGAUUAGAAUGAAGUUUGAUACUUCUAACACUUCAUAGUGAUGUAGAGGGUACAGCUAAAUACGUCGAGUUAUGAUUUAAUUGCUGCGAUACUAUUGGUAGACCUAGGAUAGAUAACAUGUUACCUCGCACUGAUUCUCAAAACAGGCCCUGUAAACAAUCAGUUGUAAGUAUGGCUUCUGAGAUCACGUGAACGUAUGUUUAUCAGACAGUCAGCACAUGACCCCUUGCAGAGGGCUCCUAUUUCCCAUGAAUCGAUGUUUUCCCAAUGAAAUAGGAAAGAUCCACAUGUUCUGCAUGUCCAAUCAAGCCCAAUGUGUAUUUUUACGAGCACUUGUAAAUUAUUCUAUGUAUAGAUACCAAGCAUAAAUUCCAGCAGUUGAUUUGUAAAUAAAAUAAGCUGUUAUAUCAAAUCCUUUGAUUUAAUGGCUGUCUCUCUCUCUCUCUCUCU